CCAGGUUGGGUGGAUAGCGUUAGUGGAAUCACAGGAAUAUUUAUGGAGUGUGGACGAGGCACCAUUAAGUCCAUACUAUGUAACGAAAAGUAUAAGAUGGAUAUUAUUCCAGUAGACAUAGUUGUAAAUACUUUAAUCACCUCUGCUUGGCAUACAAUAUAUCAUAGGUCCAGUUCCUUAAGAGUCUAUAAUUGUACAAGCGGACAAAUGAAUCCAAUUACAUGGCGCCAAUUUAAAAACCUAACCUUAAAAUACUCUAGGGAAUCACCGAGCAAAUAUGUGACAUGGUACCCAGGAUUCACGUACAGAACUAGUAGAUCAUUGCACAAAAUUUUCGCUACAAUGUACCAUAUAGUACCCUCAGUCGUAUUGGAUGCAUAUUUACUAUCUACAAGGAAAAAACCCAUGAUGCUAAAAAUAAGUAGCAAAUUUUACGACGCCUUGUUAGCAGGCAGUUUUUUCUCGACGAACGAAUGGAACUUCCAAGUCUCCACAAUGAAGAGUUUAACCAAGGCUGUAAAUGGUACAACAGAUGGUGCAAAUUUUGAGACUCACUUUAAGACAGAAAAUGGUUUUAACUGGGAGGAGUAUGUCAGAUGUUUCAACCUAGGAGUUCGACAGUACAUAUUGAAAGACAAACCGACCAGUUUAGUAGAAGCUAGAAAGAAAUUAAAAAGGCUAUAUUGGUUUCAAAAAAUGCUGGAGCUACUGUUCUUCUACACUAUUCUGCGAAUAUAUUUUCCGUAUAUUUACAACUGGACUUAUAAAUUAUUUCAAUAAAUUUAGUAUUAAAUGUGCAUACAAUGUAUUACUCCCUUAACAAAUAAAAUAUAUGUUUAUUUUUCUA